AUGUCUACUGGUGGACAUUUGGUCUCAAUCCACAGCGAAGAAGAGAACACCUUUAUCUCAAGUACGAGCUUCGCUGAUGACAAAAACGCAGAUUGCUUGCAAUUAACUUGGAUUGGAUUAAAGAAGCCGAAUUAUCCAGCAAAUGCCACUUGGGCUUGGACGGACGGGUCGGCGCUCGAUUAUCUCAAUUGGGCACCUGGAAAGCCUGAAGACAUCACUGAAAACUUCAUGUAUGUUGUUUAUGUUCCAUCCAUUGCUCAACUCUUUAUUGCAGAUGUAUUCUGA